UCGUAGAAGGCAGGGAGUGUCGUGAGUUGCGCUUUCCUCCACGCUGCAGUUGUCUGAUCCCUGUCCCUGGUUUAGCUUCUGCUACUAUACUACUUGUUGUCGCGUCCAGUUACAGACAGUUUCAAAUACGCGGAUAGCAUCAGUACGAGCGUGACCACUGUCUACUAAACAUUCGGUCUCAUCGGCAGUCGAUUAUUUAAUAAUAACAAUAUUAUUAUUAAAACAUUUAUUGUGUGCAUAAAAAAUUUUUUAAAGUAAAAUGGCAUCAAAUUACGUUUGGAUCUUUGCAGUUGUUGCAUUUGCAUUCCUCAUACAGUCAGGCGAGUCUUUGCGAUGCUGGAGCUGCGUUUCCGACCAGCCUGGAGCCUGUGGCGAUCCGCUGAAUAUUACCAGCCAUCAUCAAACUUUCCAUACUCGUGAUUGCGAUUCUACCGCCAAUCAAAAUUCUUACGUUUACAACGAGAAGUUUGUCUGCAAAAAAGUCGUCCAAAGAGAAAAUGGAAGACUUGUUGUACGUAGAUCGUGCGAGAUUCCCGGACCGGAAGAACGUGACAUAAAAGACGGAAAAUGUGUCGCACAUGACACAACACACAGCCACGUGACCAUGGUGUCUUGUCACAUCUGCAGCACCGAUCUCUGCAAUUCAGCAACUUCAUUGUCUGGAUCAAAAGUUUUCUUAAUUUCCGCAGCAGUUUUUAUCGGGUCUCGUUUUGUGCCAGCUCUCAAGUCAUUCAGCCUUUAAACUAAUGACAGAAAAUAAAAAUGUCACUCUCUAUAUAUAAAUUAUAAUCUUUCCAAAUGCGUUUACACCUACCGAGUGUUACUUAGCUUAAGAAAUUAAAAGUUCAUAAAAAUGACUUGUGAAAAUUGAUAUUUUUUAGUAAAUAAAUUUUCUCAAGUCUAGUAUUUAAUAUAUAUAACAUAUAUUUAAUCACUAACGUCAUUUGAAUAUAUAUUAUAAUUAUUACAAUAAGAAAAUCAUGGGAAAUUUAUUGUACAUUUAUUUUUUUUUUUUUUUAAUUUAGAAAAAAUUAUUUUUAAUACUAAAAAUAAUUAUUUUAUGUAUAUUUAUAUACCAAAAAUUUAUUUUAUUAUUUAAAUAUGGGCGCAAAUUUGCACCGCAGGUACAAACUUUAACACAACAGUUAUUUUAUUUUUUUUUUUCACAUUAAAUAAUAACAAUAAUAAAUCUUGAUAUUUUUUAGUCUUCUAUAUUAUCACCCCUACUUGUAGACUGUUUUAUAUUUAUAUAUGUAUAUUUGAUACUUCCUCCUAUGAUAUUGUUUACAACACCUGCGCGACGCCCUUUUUCGUAACAGCCACUACAUAAAACGAAAGUGCUCUUAUGCGUGAAAUAGAAAAUAAAUAAACAGCAAAACAACAUGCCAAUAAAAUUAAACAAAACUAAAGUUAAAUAAAAAAAAUAUAUAAAAAUGUGGCUUAUCAGAAAUCCGUCCAAGUAAAACCGCGGGCAAAAUAAUUACGAAAUUCUGAAAUAAUUUUGCAUCCGUGGAUCGAAAAAAAAUUCUAAUAAAUAAAAUUUAUUUUUAAUUUUUUAUUUUAUUAUUUUAAUUAAUAAAAUUUUAUUUAAAGUA